CCUGGGCUAUUCAUGGGAGAGGUUGCCAAGGAACAUGGAAGGAAACCACCAGGGGGAGCCAUACUGGCCCAGCUUGGCCCCAGAACUUUUCUACCAUCACUUCUGGACCUGUCGAUGAUGGAUCUUGCUGUCCCCUGGCCCCAGCUGAGUGGCUGCAAUGCUUGGUGUCCAAGGGCAAUGCUGAGAGCACCCACCUGGCAGUAGUCAGCAGAUCAGGAAAUCACCAAGCAGAACUCAGGGCAAUUUCCCGAUGAAUCCUCAUGUGUGUGUCUGGUGGACCAUUGGGCAGUAUUGAACCAACCGAUCUUCUAGAGUGGGUGACUCGGAGCUGGCCUUUGGGGAUGCAGAGCAUGACUUCCCACUUCCAAACCAGUAAUAUCAGGCUCUGGGCUAGGUGCUGGGGGUAAACCCUUCAACAAGACAGACAUGGUUCCUGCCCUCAGGGAGCAGACGAUCUGGUAGGAAGACAGGCAUUGAACAAGCAGGUACACAUGUGAUAUCAGUUGCAACACAGGGUACUAUCAAUAGAUGGGUUGCAAAGAUGAGGAAGAGGGGUUUUCAAGGGUAUGAGGAGGAAGGGUUACCAAAGCAACUUUAAGGAAUCAAGCUUGAGCUACUAGACAGAGAUAGGGGAGUGUGGGGUAAUAGAGAAAAGCAUUCUAGAGGGUAAGAAGAUCCUUAUUCACUACAAAAACACUUCUUGAGUAUUUCCUUUGUGCCAGGCACUAGGCUGGCCCUGGAAAUACAGUGGUGGGCCAGAUAAGGCAAUCAGAUAAAUCCUGCCUUCAUGGAGUUCUCUGUGGGAAAGAUAGAAUUAAUCAAAGACUAAGACAAAUCCAUGUCAAAUAAUAACUCUGAGGGUGAUGGAGAAACAGUGAGACUGGGAAAAAGUGAACAACCAGGGGAGGUAAUAUGGGUAGAUGUCAGAGAAGGCUUCCUGCUAGUUGAGCUGUGAUUGAAGGAGGUGAAUGCCUACCAGGUGAAGAUUGGAGAGGUGCAUCCAGAUGCCUUGGACAGCAAGAGCAAAGGCCCUGUGGCAGGAGAGCAUGGUACAUCUGAGCUACUGGAUGAAGGUCAGUGUGCCUGGAGUGCAGCACACACAGGGGCCUGGAGAUGAUGGAGGCUUGAUUUUGUAGGGCCCAGUGGACCAAAUUAGGACUUCUGUCCUUUUAAUAAUGUAGGAGUUGGGGGAGUGACUUGGUCACAUUUAUGUUUUGAAAAGAUGACUUUGGCUACAGCCUGGAGAACUGAUUGAGCUCAGGGGUGCUGGUCAAGAAUGGGUACCCACACCCCUUUCCCCAGGUAGAGCGUGUGGGAGUUCUGUAGUCGGCAAUGGUGGAAGACUGGGCUGGGGUUGGGGCAAAGACUUGGAGCCAAAUGAACUGCUUUGUGAACUGUAUCAGAGAGGAGAGCUCUGACUUAGACAUAGACUAACUGGCCUAAGGAAGGGAGCAGGAGGUAUCAAGGACAUCUGCAGUCUCCCAACAGGUCGUUAAUGGUGUCUUUCUCUGAGAAAUGGAGGAGGCUGGAAGGGGACUGGGUUGAGGGACAAAUCAUGAUUUGGGUUUGGGACUUGUUGAGUUUGGAGUAACAACAAGAUAUCCAAGUGGUGAUGUCAAGUAGGCAGUUGGAUAUAUGGGUCUGAAGCUUGGAGAGGAGGCUUGGAGAUGUUGCUUAGUGAGUCACCUGUGCAUGGGUGGUCAGUGGGGGAGUGGGUGUGGAGCGCAGAACCUAGGGAGAAUGUGCUGAGUGAAAGGUGGAAAGGCCUGUGAGCAAGCUUUGAGGGACUUUAGCAGUUCAUGGUCUAGAAGGGGAGCUUGAUCCUGCAAAGGAGACAGAGAAGGUUUGCAGCCAGAGAGGUAGGAGGGAAACCAGGAGAGUGGGUGACCUGGAAGUCAGGGGAGAAGAGAGGUUCUCCGGGCCACAAUGGCUGUCAGUGCCAAGUGCUGCUGAGAAACCAACCAGAAAGACUGAAAAGUGUCCCGUGGAUUUACUACCAGGGAAGCCAUGGGUGACUUUAGCAAGAGCUAUUGUAGAAAGCAGUGGGUCUGAACCUGAGGCAAUUUUGCAGCCCAGCCUCCUGUCCCCAGACAUUGGGCAAUGUCUGGAGACCUUUUGGUUGUCACAGCUCAGCAUAGGGGUAAGCUGCUGGCAUCUAGCAGCUGGAGACCAGGAUUACUGUAAACAUUUUACAAUGGACAGAAUAGUCCCUCAUAACCAAGAGUUAUCUGCAGAAACCCUGCUGGAGAGUGAUGGGGGUAGAACCUGAUUAGCAUGGAGGUGACCAGGCAUAGUCAUUUCCUAGAAGUUUGGUUACAGAUGAGAUCAGAAGUGGAGGAGAAAGAUAAGAGUGAGGUGGGAGGGUGUGUGGUCAAGAGAGUUUGUUCAUUAGAAAGACUUUAGCAUCCUCAAAAAGCCAAGGGAGGGGUUCUGCUGAAGUGCUUGAGUGUAGAGUAGAGAUAAGGCAUGAUUCCUAACCUUUUACAUCACCUCAGAGGGUUCACUUGGAGACACUGGACAAAAAAGGGGGUGGAUCAGCAUCAUUUCUGUCCCUACAGGGUUAGCCCAGAGGAUUAGAGCAGACAGAGAUAGUUAGGUAUAGUAGGCCACAUAAUGUCCCCCCAAAAAUGUCCCUGUCCUAAUCCCUAGAACUUGUAAAUAUACUGUCUUCAUGGCAGAAGGGAUUUUUUGCACGUGAUUAAGUUAAGGAUCUUGAGAUGGGAGCGAUGAUCUUGGAUUAUCUGGGUGGGCCCAGUGUAAUCACAGGCAUCUUAAUAAGAGGGAGGUGGGAGGCUCAGAGUCAGAGAGAAAGGGAUUGGAGGAUGCUGCUCUGCUGGCCUUCGAGAUAGAGUAAGGAGCCGGGAGUCAAGGGAUGCAGGCAGCUUCUGGAAGCCAGAAAAGUCAAAGAAACACAUUAACUCCCAGAGCUUCCCGAAAGAAUGUGGCCCUGCCAACACCUUGAUUGUAGAACUUCUGACCUCUAGAACUAUAAGGUAAUACAUGUGUGUUGUUUUAAGCCACUGUGGUUUUGGCAGUUUAUUGGCAAUUUAUUACAGGAGCAACAGGGAACUCAUAUAGGAGGCUUUUGUGUUUGUUGGGGGACAUCUACUAAAAUAUGCAGGGAGGUGGAGUGAGGUGGCCUGAAAUCGAGGAGAUCAGAGAAGGUGAGUUCUGCUUGGGAUGAGUAGAGUUCCUGGUGCCCAUGAGAUGCUCAGGGGAGCUGUCCAGAGCACUCUGGUGUGUGUGGCUCUGCAGUAGAGAGAUGCUGGGAUGACAGGGAAAACUAAGUAUAUAAAUUAAUGCAGCUGAAGCCCGGAGAAGGGAGGGCAUUUCCUACAGAAAAGGUGCUUGGGGAGGAGAGAAGAGGCAUUUCCUUUGGAAUAUGAGUUUAAGGAAUCCUUGGAGGGAGAGGAGUUGAGGAGGCAUGGAGCGGUAGGAGGAGACAGUAGGAAGUCUCCUUGGCCCCCUUGGCAGGAGCAGUCUCAUAGGCGGAAGCCAGAUUGCCGUGGAUUAAGGUGUCAGUGGGAGGUGAGGAGAGGGAACUAGCAAGGGUGCAUGGCUUGUUUUAAAAGUCUGGUUGCCCACUGAGCAAUUGUUAUAUGCCAGGUGCAUACUGGACACCUCUGGCAUCUCAUACUCUUCCUCGAAACAGUCCAUAGGGUGGGGGUUGCUGCCCCUCUUGUUCUGAUGAGGAAACACAGGACUCCCAUAGCUGGUCCACAGUAGACCUUGGGUUCCUUCAAAGAUAGUGUCCCUCCACCAUGUGAGGACUUCCCUUAUUGGGAGACAUUGCUAAUGGGGUGGAGCAGUUAAUAGCUACCCUGAGCCAGUUUUGGUUAUGUGUCCAGGUUCAACCCAACCUCACAUACACAGAGCAACUCCGGAGCACUAGGUCCUGAGCAGGGAGCUCUAGGGAUAACAGGGAUGCGUGAGGUUUGCUCUCUGUUCUUAUGGAGCCUGUGGUUCAGUUAUGAGGAGCAGGGGCCAUGGUGGAUAGGAGGGGAGGAAGCUUAUUCCCAACCAAGUAAUACAGAGGCAGAGUAUUGCUUGGUGACCGCAGUGCUGCAGAGGGCUGUAGCAGUAGGGAGAGGGGGAUUGGUUUCAACAGGGCAGAUUGGAGAUGGAUCUUGUCUUGAAGGAUGGAUAGACGUUCAACAGAGGAAGCCUAUGGCUUCACAGCCUAUUGGAAAAUUGCAGGAGAAAAAAUCUAGGACUGUGCUCAAGGAAUGGCUAUUAGGAUCCCUUUCUGCAGCUGCUAGAGUCUGUACCUUGGGACAGCCCAGCCAUGGAAAGUUGAGAAUCUUUAAAGCAGAUGAACUUUCCCAGGUUGGCUGCCUGGCACAGGUCUACAGUGAGAGGAAAGGAGGAAUAGAAGGCCCUGGUGUUUGCAACCUGGUUCUAGCCUAGCUCCACCAGUCACGAGUAGGCGUGGCCUCAGUUCAGGCGGUGGGACUGGUGGCCUGGAGGUUAUUCCCUCUGAGGUUUCUUCCUAGGGCCUUAGCUGCAGCCAGCAGCCAGCAGAUAGGCACAGGGAGGCAGUGGUUAGAGGCUGCAAGGCCAUGUGGGGGCUUUGACCUUUGGGAAGCCAAGAGGUGAGAGACAUUGAAGGCCUAGAGCCACCAGAUGCUUAAAGUGGCUCAAGAAAAGUUCGUGUGUGUGUGUGUGUAUGUGUGUGUGUGUUGGGCAUGGGUUUUUGGCCUCCACUGGGGAAAAGCAGGCGUGAGGAAUGGCUCUGCCUGCUCUGCUGAUGGGUAGGCCAAAUGGUGGGAGAGUAUGGGGAAGGUGGGGUGAACAGUGGUGCUGAUUUUUGGACCAAGAUCUGGAAGCCCCAUAUCCUAAAUAAACUGCCCUCAUUUGUCAAGUCCUGUCCCAAAGCCAUACUGGAUAUCAUCUUCUUUGGACCUUCUGCCUGCCUGCAAAAGCUCUGGCCCCCAUUCAGCACAACACGUUUCCCUCCGCACUCCCUCAGUAUGUGCACUCUACUCUGUAGAAAUGAUGGUGGUGGUCAUGACAAGCAUAGCUGUUAAUGUUUAUUGAGCACUUACUAUGUGUCUGGGUCUGUGCUCAGUGCUUUAUAGCAUAAUCUCAUCUGAUCCUAACAACGCUCCUGUGACAUAGGUAUUAUUCCAUCCAUUGCACAGCUGAGAAAACUGAGGCCUGGAGAGGAUGAGUCAUUCUGCACAAAGCUAAACAGCUGAUUGUGGACAAGAACAACCGCUAUAAGUCCAUAGAUGGCUCAGACGAGACCAAAGCCAACUGGAUGAGGUACGUGGUCAUCUCCCGGGAGGAGAGGGAGCAGAACCUGCUGGCGUUCCAGCACAGUGAGCGCAUCUACUUCCGGGCGUGCAGGGACAUCCGGCCUGGGGAGUGGCUGCGGGUCUGGUACAGCGAGGACUACAUGAAGCGCCUGCACAGCAUGUCCCAGGAAACCAUUCACCGCAACCUGGCCAGAGGAGAGAAGAGGUUGCAGAGGGAGAAGUCUGAGCAGGUUCUGGAUAACCCAGAAGACCUGAGGGGUCCCAUUCAUCUCCCUGUGCUGAGACAGGGCAAAAGUCCCUACAAGCGUGGCUUUGAUGAGGGGGAUGUACACCCCCAAGCCAAGAAGAAGAAAAUUGACCUGAUUUUCAAGGAUGUUCUGGAGGCCUCACUAGAAUCUGCGAAGGUGGAAGCCCACCAGUUGGCCCUGAGCACCUCACUGGUCAUCAGGAAAGUCCCCAAAUACCAGGAUGACGCCUACAGUCGGUGUGCAACAACAAUGACCCAUGGUGUGCAGAAUAUAGGCCGGACCCAGGGGGAGGGGGACUGGAAGGUCCCCCAGGGGGUCUCCAAGGAGCCAGGCCAAUUGGAGGAUGAAGAAGAGGAGCCUUCAUCAUUCAAGGCCGACAGUCCUGCCGAGGCCUCCCUUGCAUCUGACCCUCAUGAACUUCCCACCACCUCUUUUUGCCCUAACUGUAUUCGCCUAAAGAAGAAGGUUCGGGAGCUCCAGGCAGAAUUAGACAUGCUUAAGUCUGGGAAACUUCCUGAGCCCCCCGUAUUGCCACCACAGGUACUGGAGCUCCCAGAGUUCUCGGACCCUGCAGCCUCAGAGAGCAUGGUCUCCGGCCCCGCCAUCAUGGAGGACGAUGACCAGGAAGUCGAUUCAGCCGAUGAAUCUGUCUCCAAUGAUAUGAUGACAGCGACGGAUGAGCCCUCCAAGAUGUCAUCGGCCACCGGGCGCCGAAUCCGGCGCUUUAAGCAGGAAUGGCUGAAGAAGUUCUGGUUCCUGCGGUACUCCCCAACCCUCAAUGAGAUGUGGUGCCACGUUUGCCGCCAGUACACGGUGCAGUCCUCACGCACCUCGGCCUUCAUCAUUGGCUCCAAGCAGUUUAAGAUUCACACCAUCAAACUGCACAGCCAGAGCAACCUGCACAAGAAGUGCCUGCAACUGUACAAGCUCCGCAUGCACCCGGAGAAGACAGAGGAGAUGUGUCGCAACAUGACCCUGCUCUUCAACACCGCCUACCACCUGGCCUUGGAGGGCAGGCCCUACCUGGACUUCCGGCCCCUGGCGGAGCUGCUGAGGAAGUGUGAGCUCAAGGUGGUGGACCAGUACAUGAACGAGGGAGACUGCCAGAUCCUCAUCCAUCACAUCGCCCGGGCCCUGCGGGAAGACCUGGUGGAGCGCAUCCGCCAGUCACCUUGCCUCAGCGUCAUCCUGGAUGGGCAGAGCGAUGACCUGCUGGCCGACACGGUGGCUGUCUAUGUUCAGUACACCAGCAGUGAUGGGCCCCCGGCCACAGAGUUCCUGUCCCUGCAGGAGCUGGGAUUCUCUAGCACAGAAAGCUAUCUCCAGGCACUUGACCGGGCCUUCUCGGCCUUGGGCAUCCGGUUGCAGGAUGAAAAGCCAACUGUUGGCUUGGGUGUAGACGGAGCCAACAUCACAGCCAGCCUCCGUGCCAGCAUGUUCAUGACCAUCCGCAAGACACUGCCCUGGCUGCUGUGCCUGCCCUUCAUGGUGCACCGGCCCCACCUGGAGAUCCUGGAUGCCAUCAGCGGGAAGGAGCUCCCAUGCCUGGAGGAGCUGGAGAACAACCUGAAGCAGCUGCUGAGCUUCUACCGCUACUCACCGCGCCUCAUGUGCGAGCUGCGGUCCACGGCGGCCACCCUCUGUGAGGAGACAGAGUUCCUGGGCGAUAUCCGGGCAGUGCGGUGGAUCAUCGGUGAGCAGAACGUCCUCAACGCUCUCAUCAAGGACUACCUGGAGGUGGUGGCCCAUCUCAAGGAGGUCAGCAGCCAGACCCAGCGGGCAGACGCCUCGGCCAUCGCACUGGCCCUGCUGCAGUUCCUCAUGGACUACCAGUCCAUCAAGCUCAUCUACUUCCUGCUGGACGUGAUCGCUGUGCUCUCGCGUCUGGCCUACAUCUUCCAGGGCGAGUACCUCCUGGUGUCCCAGGUGGAUGACAAGAUCGAGGAGGCCAUCCAGGAGAUCAGCCGGCUGGCUGACUCCCCGGGAGAAUACCUGCAGGAGUUCGAGGAGAAUUUCCGAGAGAGCUUCAACGGGAUCGCCAUGAAGAACCUCAGGGUGGCUGAAGCCAAGUUCCAGUCCAUCAGGGAGAAGAUCUGCCAGAAGACCCAGGUCAUCCUGGCUCAGAGGUUCGACUCCCGCAGCCGGAUCUUUGUGAAGGCCUGCCAGGUGUUUGACCUGGCUGCCUGGCCCAGGAGCACUGAGGAGCUGAUGAGCUACGGCAAGGAGGAUAUGGUGCAAAUAUUUGAUCACCUGGAGGCCAUCCCAACCUUUUCCCGGGAUGUCUGUAGGGAAGGGCUGGACCCCCGGGGUAGUCUGUUGAUGGAGUGGCGAGAACUCAAGGCCGAGUACUACACCAAAAAUGGCUUCAAAGACCUGAUCAGCCACAUUUGCAAGUACAAACAGAGGUUUCCACUCUUGAACAAGAUCAUCCAGGUUCUUAAAGUCCUCCCCACUUCCACCGCUUGCUGCGAGAAAGGCCGCAAUGCCCUCCAGCGAGUUCGCAAAAACCACCGCUCCCGCCUGACCCUGGAGCAGCUUAGCGACCUGUUGACAAUCGCUGUAAACGGACCGCCAAUCACCAGCUUUGAUGCCAAGCGAGCCCUGGACAGCUGGUUUGAGGAGAAGUCUGGGAACAGUUACGCGCUGUCUGCAGAAGUCCUCAGUAGGAUGUCUGCACUGGAGCAGAAGCCAGCACUACAGACCAUGGACCACGGGACGGAGUUUUACCCCGACAUUUAGGGAGCUGGAGCUGCAGAGUUCACUAAGCUGUUGAAUAUUUUUUUAAUCUAUACUCAUAAGCUUUGAUAUAUUAUAUAAAUAUAUAUUAUAUUAUAUUAUAUAUAUAUAUAUAUAAACUCACACUGAAAAUUUUUAAAAACCAAGGUGAUGCGUCCACCAGAAGCCACUGGGAGCUUUCAGAAAGGAAAAAUGUUGGAAACUGACUCUUGUCUACAAAAUUUGGCAGCUGCAACAUACAUGGCAACUCAUUUUCACUCACAGAAGCACGUGCUGGGGCCUCCUGUGUUCCCACCUUACUGUCCACCAACAGCAUAAGCUAAAAUGACAGGUCUCUGUCAUCACCUUUAGGUAGCUCAUUUUGUUUAUGUUUUCAUUUGCGGGUGGCGGGGCUCUGGGUUUGGGUUUAUGUUCUUGCCUUUUCUUUUUUCAUUUGGUUUUAUGAUGGGAGGGAGCUCCUCGGCCUCCUCAUUGACAUUCUGGUCCGGCUGAAUCAGAUCUCUGACUUAAGUCAGGGUGGGUUGUCUGUCUGCAUUUGGGAGGCGGGGGGGUUGACCUUUCUCCCUCCCCACCUGACUUCAGCUUGAGAUCUUUUUUUAUUCAUUUCCUGAUGAGGGUUCCUUCACUGUCCUACAAACAAAAGUGUCGGUCAAACUGUGACACUGCCACACCUCACCUCUGUUGCCUCGUCCAACCCUGGGUUGUGGAUCCCUUCCUUCCAGCCCCCCUGGAAACUCACAAUAUUACCCAUUAUACUGAAGGCAACAUUGCCUCACCGCCGAGCUUGAAAUUCUGGGGAAGGGAGAAGGGGUAAGCUUUUAGCAUUCCUGUUUUUACGAGGUGGAGGAUAAAACAAUAUAAUUCCAUUCCAAUCCAGGGCUUUUGGGGAGAUGAAGAGCCAAGAAGUCCAGACCCCAACAGGGGAGUGAUUUUUGGCUAAAAAACAAGGAAAAUGAGAAGUACAUAUUUGAGUUACAUGGAUUAUUUAUACUUUUUCUUUAUAAUCAUAUCAUGUGUUGAGGGUAUUUUUUUUCCUUUAAUAAUCAAGAAAUGCCUGCUAUAGUUCAGUGGCAGGUGGUGUCAAUGCAAAUUGUGCCCUAAGUUAUGCAUAACUCAAAUGAGAGUCUGUAGAGAUGUGGUCCUCCUUUUGCAACAAGGCUGAUAACAUGCUACAUGGUCAUAGGAAACUGGGGAAUGUGUCUCUGCCUGUAAACUCUUCCUUUUUUGAACAGGGUAGAGAUGUCCUAAAGAAAUGGAGAAAAGAAGAGAGGACUCUCAAGGCAUCAUCCUACACAGACACACACACACAGACACACACACACACACAAUCACAAUAUACAAUAUAAGCUUUAGAAAUAGCCACUUGCCUAUUCCCUGGGGCAAGUAGUGGUUUAAACUAGAGGAGUCUGAUCAAUGCUCUUUCAUUCAUUUAACUACCGGUAUACCUCGCAAGGGAGUUUUAAAAAAUGUGCGUGAGCUGUUAAAAACUUCUGUUCAUGUUCCUACAUCUGAUUUAUGCAUAUUUUAUAUGCAGAGAUCCUAUCACGUGGAUGCAGGUCAUUUUGGGGGAGGGAGGAAGAUCUGAAUUAUAUACAUGUGGUCAGUUCUGCUGAGAGCUUCAUCUCUUGGUUGGCAGAGGGUGGUGUUAUCUGGCCACAGGCAAGGCCCCAAUGUCUUCAGCCUGCUUGGUUCAGACAUUAUAAAACUGUGGUGGCUUCCUUCCUUCUUGGUUUAUGUUGUCUCUGAGGCCUCCUGCCACCGUUGAGAACCAUAGUGGAAAUGUCAUCAACACUGAACAUGUUAUAGCCCUUUCUUGGUCCCACCAGUCCCUUCAUCCCCUACCAAUCCCUUCCCCUUCACCUCCAUGGUCUUGGUGCUAAGAUAACUUUAGAAUCAUUGCUGCUAGUCAAUAGCUUUUCAUUAUAUAAAUAUAUUAUAUAUAUUAUAUAUUAUUUUUGAAACAUUUUUGUUUGUUUUCAACAGUGAUGUAGCAUGUUAAAAAACAAAAAACAAAAAAAAAAAUGGGUUCCUCCAACUGUCCCACUGCCAGGCCUCAUAUGCUGCCUUCUUCAACAAAUCAAUGCACCCCUGCCUGGUGACAUCCACCCCACCUCCCACCCCAGUUGCACACGUUUCCCCACCCUCCUCUGAGCAAGAAGACAGUUAGCAGGAACUAGCAAGGAAAGGCUGAAAGCCUUCUGAGGCUUUGAGAUUCCCGCCCCAUUCCACUUCCCCACUUUAAACUGAUGUCUCCCUCCAUCUGUUCCUCCCAUCAGGGUCAAAACCUAACUGUGGUCAAAUGGGAUGCUGUUGCAAAGCACCAGGUCCCACCUGGCCCAGCCCCAGCCUUGGGACUUCCUCUCCCCUCACACACGCAAACUGCUGUGUCUGGGGAGUUUUCACUGAACAUUGCAGAGACUAAGAAGGGUUGAGGGCAGAGAUGGCUAGCAAGACAGGGCUUGGUGAGGGCAGAAACAGUAGGUUGGGAUCCUUUCUUCUGGCCAACAGUUGCCUUACACCUUACAUUGGUUAAUGGGUAGGGAGGAGCAGGCUAAGGCUCCCGCUCAUUUGAAAACCAGGAAGAGAGAACCAGUGUCUUCCUGAGCACCUGGUCAGUUGGAGCUACUCUUUUUCCUCUCAAGAGAUCAUGGCCAAAAUGAGCUAAAAUCUUCAGCUAGAAGGGGAAAAGCUUAUGGGCCAGUGCCAGUGCCUACCCUGUAGUUCCUGAGAAAGCUGAGAGUAGGUGACCCGCUUCUGGCCUAGCAGAAUGAGCUGCUAUGCACAGCAUGCAGCUGCAGGGGUCACCUCCUGAGCUGGCCACGAGACCUUGGAAAAGCUAACCUCUCAGGUGGUCUUGAAGUUAGGUUAGGGCAUCCCUAAAACUCUGGGUGCUUGUGGCUUCUGCUGAAUUUAGCCAUGCCAGGGCUGUGGCAGACACUCUGUAGGCCACAUUGCCAUGGGACAGGGAAUAAUUUGGGUGAUACACCACUGCAAUUUACACGGGGUCUCUUCUCAGCUUGGAUGCUCCCUGGGAGGCCCAGUGCUUCUGUCCUGUGAAUUCUGCAUGUGAUUACCCAUGAUUUCUGUCAUAAGCAUUUCCCACUCUUCUGCUUGCUUGAGAAGGACUUGGACUGAUGGGACACUCAGGGUCUAGCCCAGGGAGCAGGUGCUUGGCUAACCUAAUCUCCCCUUGAUGUGUAUACAGAACUGUGGAAAAGCAGUUGGUGCAUCCCAAAUGUUGUUACUUCAGACAAGACAGAGCCCUUUAACUCAGCCUCUGGCUUAGGAGUGAUGACUACAGGCUUAGAAUGAAGUGUGUCUCUGGGGCUGAGACUUGGCAUAACUGGGCUGGCUGAUUAGUGACUUUCUUUGGCUCGUAGGGUUGGUGGGAAGUGAGAUCAACCUUGAGGCCCAGGUUUGUGGCCAACUGUGCCAAGGCGAUACCUGGCAGAGCCUGGGAGCCAGAGCCCUUAUGAUUAACAUGAUCUGCUUUUCCUUCAUGGAGGACAAAGAAAAAAUCCACUGCCAUCUAGUAUCUGUGAAACAUGAGGACAGCCCAGUCAAGUCUGUAACUCUUGCCAUGUCAGAAUCCCCAAGUUUUGCCUGCCUGGUUGAAUAUGAGAGUCCAGGCAUCAGAAACAGCAGCCUUAUUUAAUUUAAUUUUUUAAAUGACUGGCCUAUGACACCUUGUGAUGCUAGGCACAUCCUCAUUUCCCCAUCCUCACUUGAGACUGAGAGCAGGCUCAAGUUCCAGGGUCCCUGGAUGGCAAGGUUCAGUGCUGGGCCCUGGAAUCUAUGGCACUUGGGGGUCUCUGACCUCAGCCUCUGCCACAUGUUUCCAAGUUGAGUUGUUUUGCUGAGGUGGUCCUCCCCUUGAGUUGCUUAUGCCAACCCUUUAAUUUAGGAAAAGUACCUUGUAAUUACUUAAGGUAAUGUUUAAAUGUUUUCCAUUCAUUUGGAGGUGGUGCCAACAGGGGGGAAAGCAUGCAGAAGGCUGGAAACAAUAGCUGAGACCCUACUGUGGGCCCACAGCCCUGGCCCAGCUGGCACUGAGGGGCUGGUGCCAUGUUACUUGAUCGCCUGGAGCCUGAUGGGACCCAGGAGGUGGCCUGAGGGGUUGAAGUAUAACUUCCCUCUUCUGGAUCCCCCCUUUCAUUUUCCUUCUACCCCCUCUAGGGAUGGGAGUUCUAGACCUAGGUCUGCUUUUUGCUUUCAGUCUGGGUUGAUUUCCAAGUCGAAUUCAUGCUUUUUCUUGGCCCAUAGGUCCAAUUUUGGCAGAAGGCAUUGGACUUGUGCCCCCUCCCUGCUUCAAGAGGCAGAUCUAGCCAAGCCAGGCUGAAACAGCUGAAACAGGCAGGCCAGUCCUCCUCAGACAAGAAAGGGGGUUUUCAGAGGGCAGUGGUGUGCCCAUUCCAGACACCAGUCUUCUGGGGAGGUGGUGCCGUGUCAUGGGUUCUAGUCUGGCCUCUUCCUCAGUCCUCAGGAGGACCCAAGAGACUGGCACGCCCUUCUCCUGCUUGGAGGGAAACCCAUCUCCCUCUUGGUGGGGGCCCUUCUCUUGCUGUCUGUUGGUUAGGGUGCUUGAGCUGAGUGGAUGGUGCUGUGAUAUUUUUAAGGAGCCUUUCAGGCAAUCUUUGCAUGUUAGCCAGAGGGAGAAAAAGUGCCCUUUUGGGAGGAAAAUGGUACGCCCCUCCACUUCCAUCUGGCACUCCCUUCCCCCCCACCCCCUCAAGUGGUAUCACCCUGGAAAUACCUAUGCAAUCCAGUCUCCCUAGGAGAGAGUGCAUGGAAGCAGGGGUAUGUGCAGUGUAGAAUACAGAUGCUACAGCAUAUAUGUUGUAUAUAUGGACAUAUACAGUACGUAUACACACAGAGUAAGAGAGUAAAUCACGUCUAUAUAUCUAUAAAUAAUAUCCUAUAUAUUUAUACAUUUCUAUGUUUUAAAUAGAUAUAAAAAUAAGAGUCUAUAGAGCUGGGAGAGCAGUGGGAAGCCUGGCGCUGUGUUGUGCAAAGGGGAAGGGAGCACGGCCUUCGGAGAGGGAGCCGGGGAAGGCCAGCAGGCAGGGUUGGCUGGCAAGGGGACCUCCUACCCGGAGUGUUGGAGAGGAGAGUGGCUGGGUCCCGGCUCGCUCCAUGCACUUUCUCUCCUUUUCCACAGGCUUGGUCUGAGGUUGGAAGGAGAUACCCCCUGAGCUCCAGCUGAGGUGCCCCCUACCUCUCCCCACCCCCACAGCCUAUGCUUAGGCGGUCACUGCUGCUUGGCAGCAGGACGUGGUCUCUGACUCCUGGUGGAGGGACCACUGCACAAACUCCUUCAAAACCCUCCCCCACCAGGACUGAGCAGCGUCAGUGGCAAUAGGAAAGGUGCAAACUGGAUCAAGAGCUGGUCCAGGAAAGAUACCGCCCCUGCCCUGUUAGAUGCUUCUGCUGCCCCUAGAGGCCAAGCCCCUGAAGUGCAGCAGUCCUGGCCUCCCUCACUUGCUAAACCACUGUCAGGAGGAGAGGAUGCGGGCAGCGUGAGCAUCGCCAGGCAGCGCUGCCCACCAUCCACAGGCUUUCUGGCCAGGUCAGGGGGCAUCAGCUAGCAGGAAACGGUGGGAGAGACAUAUCUGCACACUCAUAAAUUCAAUGGCUACUCCAGUCCAGAAGCAGGGCUUUGGCCCAGCCCGCUCCGCGCAGCAGCUGCUGCUGGCUGUACUCAGGACAACGCUGUUCCCCCUCCCUCACAGAGUCCCCGUGGCCCCUCCCCCACUCCCGCCGUAACAGGCAGGUUUAGUUCACAUACACUGUUCGCAUUCUGUGACUUGAGGCAGAGGCUGAGCUGGGAUACCCCAAGCUCAUCCACUUUCGUUGGGGAGGGCCCCUCCCUGGGUUUAUCACCAGCUCCUAGCCCGGGCCGGGCGGGGAUGUAUGGGGGGCACCGGUGCAAGCUGGCAGCAUGACAGAGGGCUUGUGCAACCCUGACGGGACCCAGAAGCCCAUUUGCUCCCAGUUUCCUCUCUCUGUUUUUUUCCUCCUGGAGGUAGGAGAGAGGGCCUGACCAGGCACCAGAUGAUGGAGCAAGGGCAGCUGCAUGCUCCCUCUCUCCAGACCAGCCUUCCGCCUUUGGGGUCUGAAGGGGCAUUUGCUCCCAUCCUGAGCCUCCUCUGCCCCUGUCUUGCUCUUCCCCACCAUCCUACAAGUACCUCAGUCUCCAGCAGGCCCACCCCUCCACCUGCAGCCCAGGGCGGGUCUGUUCUGCCAAUGCCCACCUCCUUGAGCCACAGUUAGCUGCCAACUGGGUCUUGGGACACCCUCCAGUACCUGGCUCAAGAGAGACCAGGCCGGGCCGAGCCUUCUUCCCACUGCAGUGGACUAGACCCACGGCCAGGGGAUGGGCAUCCCCAGGUAGCAAUCCCACAAUGCACUGUACCUCAGAGAGAGAGCACGCCAGGGGCACCAAGGGACCGAGCCCUCUGUCCAGAGGGGGACAGCGGUCACAAUACUGCUCACCAAAAGACAAAGGCCAGGCUGCCCUCGGGCACCUCUCAGUCUUCACUUUUGUCUCUCCGGAAGAACCAGCAGUCUGAUUCCGUCUAUUUCAGCCCCCGUCUCUCUCCUCUCCACCCCCACGCUGCUGAACCGUUUUCAUGUCAAUCACAAAGGAAAAAUAAGUGGGGAUGGGGGGAAAUACCUAGGAGUCUAUUAUCACAUACAUAUUAAUAUGUUAAUACUUUCUUUCUUUAAAGAAAACCUCUUGAUGUUAUUAUUUUGCAGACUACGCUUUAUAGUACCUGUGUGACGGGACCUAGAACACUGGAUACAAAUAGAGCUAUGUUGGUUUAUCAUAAUAUGUACGCAGAAACUUUCUUUUUGUCAUAUUAUCCUUGUAAUGUAAGAAGAUUGUUAAUAAAAGCAUUUAAAUUUA